AUGGAGCUGACUGUUAAGGAGGCAUUGGCACUUCCUCUUGGAAAGAAGAUCGUGCUAAACCAUAACAGAGAGUUGCAACAAGUUGGUCAGGCAGCGGGCCUAUUGAGUGGGUUCUUGGGGACAUUGUCGUCUGAUUUUCAACAGUUGCCAAUUGGUGAAAAAAGUUGGAAGACAAUGAGCAAGGCUUCCAAGGAGCAUGCCUUUGACCAGUUUAAGCGAGUCUUCCACUAUGAGGACGAUGGAAGAGGGAUCAUAAAGCGGGGAAUUGUACAAAGGAUAGGAAAUUCCUGGAGGAAUGCAAGGAAUCAUUUGUUCCAUAAGGAGAAGUGUAAAAAAAAUGCUGCUAAUCGUUCAAAGCAGAUGUACACACAUACCGGAGGUUCUAAAACGAUGGGAAGAAAGAGACACGAAGAAGAGCUACGACAGGGAAGGCCUAUUGGUAGAGGAGAGGGAUGGACCAUGAGUCAUAAAAAAAAAAGAAUGGAAGCAAUUGAACACAUUGAGAGCCAGGACCCCUCCAGCAAAGAAUUUUCACAUAAUGAUUCCCUUGCACAAUCUGACUACUGUGUACAAAUAGAGGAGUAUCAGAUGGAGAUUGAAAAACUUAAGGCGGAGGCAGCAGAACUUAAUGUAGAGUCAGCAGAACUCAAGGUAGCAGCAGAAGAGGAAAAGGCAAAGAGACAGAGAAUGAAGGCAGAGGGGAAGGCAAAAAUGCAGAGUAUGGGAAAUUUGUUAAGCUACAUAAUUCAGCAACAAGGAGGUAGUUUGCCACCAGAAAUAGCUGCAGAUCUGGAUUCUUUGAGAAGUAACACAAUUGAGUGGAAGAAUCGGUUAACAACCGCUGCCAUCGUCAAGCAAUCGUAUUACAACAAUUUUGAAGCGGAUAUAACCGCUGCAAAAUUAAACCGCUGCAAAAUACUAUUUAGCAGCAGUUGUUCCAGUGGUUGCUAUUAA